CAAAAAAAUUAGAAAACAAGAGGCUGUGGGCGGGGCUUAAGCAGAAGAAAGCGUAGCUAACUGUUAGCUGCUAGCUCGCCGACGCUGCAGGUUUCUCUGUCCUUAGCAGAUCAACAUGGUCCAACUGGUGGGAUCCCUUCGAAAAGAGUUGGCCGACUCCCUGUCCACCUGCAAGGUUCUGGUAGUUGGAGCAGGUGGAAUCGGCUGCGAGCUGCUGAAGAACCUGGUGCUAACCGGCUUUAAGAACAUCGAAGUGAUCGACUUGGACACAAUUGACGUGAGCAAUUUGAACCGUCAAUUCCUCUUUCAAAAGAAACAUGUUGGCAAAUCUAAAGCGCAGGUGGCAAAAGAAAGUGCCCUGCAGUUCUGCCCCAGUGCAAGCAUCACAGCUUACCACGACAGCAUCACCAACCCUGAUUAUAAUGUGGAGUUCUUCAGGAAGUUCAUGCUUGUGAUGAAUGCUCUGGAUAACAGAGCUGCUCGUAACCAUGUAAACAGGAUGUGCUUGGCAGCUGAUAUUCCUCUGAUUGAGAGCGGCAGUGCUGGAUACCUGGGACAAGUUACUGUCAUCAAAAAGGGGUUGACUGAAUGCUACGAGUGUCAACCAAAGCCCGCCCAGAAGACCUUCCCAGGAUGCACCAUCAGGAACACGCCCUCUGAGCCCAUUCACUGCAUCGUUUGGGCCAAGUAUCUCUUCAAUCAACUGUUUGGAGAGGAGGACGCUGAUCAAGAAGUGUCCCCGGACACCGCAGACCCAGAGGCUGCAUGGAAUCCUGAAGACACGGCGGCUCGUGCUGCAGUUUCGGAAAAAGAUGGAGACAUCAAACGAGUUUCCACCAAAGUAUGGGCCCGAUCCACCGGAUACGACCCAAUCAAACUAUUCAACAAGCUUUUCAAAGAUGACAUCAUGUACCUGCUGACCAUGGACAAGCUGUGGAAGAAGAGAAAAGCCCCAACACCUCUGGACUGGCAGCAGCUGGAGGGCAACGUUAGUCCCAAUGAGGAGGCGCCGGCUUCAGGCCUGAAAGACCAGAAGGUUCUGGAUGUUUGGGGUUACUGUCAGAUGUUUCAGGACAGCGUGGAAACUCUCAGCUCACAGCUGCAGGAGAAGGGCGAUGAUGCUGAGCUUGUUUGGGACAAGGACGACCCUCCGGCCAUGGACUUUGUCACUGCAGCAGCAAACCUACGGAUGCACGUCUUCAGCAUGAACAUGAAGAGUCGCUUCGAUGUAAAGUCGAUGGCAGGAAACAUCAUCCCAGCUAUCGCCACCACCAACGCUGUUAUUGCAGGGCUGAUUGUUCUGGAGGGGUUGAAGAUCCUCUCUGGGGAGAUGGAAACAUGUCGCACGGUCUUUCUGAAUAAGUGUCCCAACCUCAGAAAGAAGCUACUGGUUCCGUGCGUCCUGGACCCACCCAGCGCUAACUGCUACGUCUGCGUCAGCAAACCCGAAGUCACCGUCAAGCUUAACGUCCAGAAAACGACGGUUUUGUCUCUGCAGGACAGGAUCCUGAAGGAGAGGUUUGGGAUGGUUGCUCCAGAUGUUCAGAUAGAAGAUGGAAAAGGAACCAUCCUGAUCUCCUCAGAGGAGGGAGAGACGGAAGCAAACAACAACAAAUUUCUUUCUGACUUUGGGAUUCGUAACGGCAGCCGCCUUCAAUCUGACGACUUCCUGCAAGAUUACACACUCCUCGUUAAUGUGCUGCACACCGAGGAGCUCGAGAGGGAUGUGGAGUUCGAGGUGAUUGGUGAGGCUCCAGACAAAGCUCCGCCCCCUCAGAGUAACCAGGAGGAAGUAAACAGCAUCACCAAUGGUAACAAAGACUCCGCCCAGCCGUCCACGUCCUCUAAAGCUGAAGACGAUGACCUCAUGAUCGUCGACUCUGACGAGGAGGAAGUGGCAGCAUCUAACUCUGCAGCCGUGGCGACCGGCACCAAGAGGAAGUACUCAGAGACUGGCGAGUCCUCCGCCAAACGCCCACGGACGGACCAAUCUGAUGCAGCCGACGACGAAGAUGACAUCGUCGCUCUGGACUAGCGACCCUCUCGGUUCUGUCUGAAGGACUUUUCGGAACGUGUAUCGACUCCAGUCAGACAUUAGGCUGAAACAAGACACCUGUUUAAUGAAGAACAAUUUCCUCCCACAUCGACGUUUUAGUGCUUUGAUGCUCACUUUCCGGUGUGAUACUGUAAAUAGGUUCUGCAUUUACAAGGUUUUGAUAAAUGCGGCGAGUUUCUUUUAUUUUUAUUCAUUUACAGUCCUGAAAAAGCAUCUCUUGAUGGUUAAAAAAAGUGCUUUUGUAUUUUUUUAUAAAUGUGCUGCAUUUCUCAUGCUACACAA